UAUAAUAGUUGCUGUGGUCAUGGUGCCUCUUCACAGCAAUAGAAACCCAAACUAAGACACAUAGUUUGGCCUCACAGACUUUCCUUGACCCCCAUGAUUUGGUAACUUUCAAAUUCUGUACAACUACAAAGCCAGGACCAAAUAGAUUAUUCCAAGGUCUGCCACCCAUUGUAGAGGUCAUUGGUCCUCCUUUGACCAUGGCUGAUGCAACCAUUCAGGUCUUGAGUGUCUGAGCACAACAAACGUUUCCUUAGGUUGCUCUGUGUGUGGAAGGCACCCUAGCACUGUCUUCUCAAAGCAAAGCCUUUCAAGUGAGUUUACAACUUUACUCUGGAGUGGGAGGGGCCAAUUCUUAAGCUGCUCUUAAGGCAUCUUUCUUACUGUCCCAAUGAAAAGAGCUUGGCUUUUUAAAGUGUGGCCCAACAUUAAUUGCUCUUUGCUGGUCAAAGUUUUUCAAAUCUUUAUACCUCAGUUUUUAUUCCUAAUUCUCACAGUAACCUACCCAAAAGCAGCCAGCAGUACAUAUCUAUGCCGUUGCCUGAAUAUGUACUGCCAUGAAAUUUCUUCUACUGGAUUCAUCAUCCCAUUGUCUUUGAACUCAGCAUUACAACGUCACAGAACAGAUUAAAUGUAGACAAGUCUGUACUUGUUUUCCAGAAUGUGACAUGGAUGGAUUCUAGUCUGGUUCCUUAAACUUCUCUUCCAUCAGGAACCUCAUGAGCGCAGCCAUUACUCUGCAUUCCUAUCCGCAUUCUGGUCUUUGGUACUCUUGCCAGAAUGAUCCACAAAGCUCUGUUUACAAGAAGACUGCUUAUUUGUGUCCCUGAACCUUUCCACAAAGACUCUAAACCACUUGAUGAGAUGCUAUCACAGCCACUAUCCUAGUUCUCAAUGCCAGUUUUUGGUGCUCCUUGACUUUCUGUGCUGUGACAACAGACUGGACAGCAGUAACUUAAAGGAUGGCAAAUUAUUCCGGUUCAUGUUUUCAGAGACUUCCUGUUCACCAGGCUCUGGUUUCUGUGGUGAAGCCUGACAGUAUGACAGAAGGGUAUGCUGGAACAAGGCUGCCAGCCUCAUGGUAAUCUGGAAGCAGAGGGAUAGAGAAAGAUUGAGGCUGCAAUGUCUCCUCCAAAGGCAUGCCUUAAACCACUCACUUCCUUCAAGUAGGCCCCACCUCCUAAAGGCUGCACUUCCUCUCAGUAGUACCACCAGGUGGACACUAAGUCUUCAACAGAUGAGACCUUUGAGGGGAUGCAUUUAAACAUCAAUCCAUAACACCUUCUUAGACUACAGCUAGAAGAGGUGUGUGAGAGAGAGGCAGAGCUCAGCAAGACUGGAUUAAACAUUAACUCAGCUGUCACCACAGCCCAGAGCAGCAAGCGCCCCAAAGCCAAGUUUCAGACCUGCCUGGUGUUCCUAGACUAAGGAGUGAGCAGCAGACAUGGCUCACUUUGCACAGGUCAUGGCUGAAGUGGGCGACUUUGGACGCUUCCAGGUACAGUUGACCAUCCUGAUGGGCAUCCCCAACUUCCUGUCUGCAUUCUUCGUGUUUAGUCAUAUCUUCAUGGUCCUUGAUGAGGCUCACCACUGUUCAGUGUCCUGGGUCAAGAACCACACUUUCAACCUAAGCGCUGCUGAGCAGCUGGCAGUCAGCAUCCCCAACGACACGGCAGGCAGACCUGAGUCCUGCCUCAUGUUCCGGCCCCCUCCAGAUAACGCCAGCCUGCAAGACAUCCUCAGCCACCGCUUCAAUGAGACCCAGGCCUGUGACUCAGGCUGGGACUAUCCUGAGAACAGGCCUCAGUCCCUGAAGAAUGAGUUUGACCUGGUGUGUGAUCGGAAGAACCUGAAGAGGACUUCACAGUCAGUGUUCAUGGCUGGACUCCUCGUUGGGGCCCUCGUCUUUGGGCCCAUCUGCGAUUGGAUUGGCCGUAGACCCUCCCUCCUGGCACAGCUGCUCCUGUCUGCCGGGACGAGCAUCGCCACGGCCUUCGUGUCCAGCUUUGUGCUCUACAUGGCCCUACGCUUUGCUACGGCCACUGCUAUUGCUGGGUAUUUACUGAGCACCAACGUCCUGCUUUCAGAAUGGGUGGGGCCGUCCUGGAGAACCAAAGCCAUGGUCCUGGCCCAGAGCAACAUUGCCAUUGGACUGAUGGUGUUAGCGGGCCUGGCCUAUGGUGUCCGCAACUGGAGACUCCUUCAGCUAAUAGGCACCACACCAGUCUUCUUGCUGGUCUUCUACUUCUGGGUUUUGCCAGAAUCUCCACGGUGGCUCCUCUCCCAAGGAAAGAUAGAGGAGGCCAAACAGCUGGUCCAGAAGGCAGCUUCAGUGAACAGGCGGCCACUUUCUCCAGAGCUCCUGAGCCAGCUGGUCCCUGAGAAGACAGGCCGCUCGGGGAACGCCCUGGAUCUUUUCAGACACCCCCGUCUCAGGAAGGUGACCCUGAUUCUCAUUGCGGUCUGGUUUGUGGACAGUCUGGUGUACUAUGGAUUCAGCCUCCAAGUGGGGGACUUUGGCCUUGACAUCUACCUGACACAGCUAAUAUUUGGGGCAGUGGAGUUGCCUGCCCGCUAUUCCAGCAUCUUCCUGAUGGAGAAGCUGGGUCGCAAGUGGAGCCAGUUAGGCUCUCUGACUCUGGCGGGCAUCAUGUGCGUCGUCAUCAUCUUCAUCCCAGCAGGGCUCCCCACGGUGGUCACUGUGCUGGCCGUGGUGGGGAAGUUUGCCUCAUCGGCUGCCUUCACCAUAUCCUAUGUGUACACCACUGAGCUCUUUCCCACCAUCAUCAGGCAAACAGGCAUGGGGUUGGUGAGCAUCUUCUCCAGGAUUGGCGGCAUCAUCUCACCGCUUGUGAUGCUGCUGGAACAGUACCACAGGGCCCUCCCCAUGCUCGUCUUCGGCAGCCUCCCGAUCGGGGCAGGCCUCCUGUGUGCUCUGCUGCCUGAGACCCGGAGCCAGACACUGAAGGACACCAUCCAGGACCUGGAGCAGGGCUGCCCGCCACGGGCCCACAACGCAGCCACCCUGAGAAAAGCAGCGGAGGCCCCAGGCUGGACUUCUGACAGGGGCAUGGCUGUUGUGAAGAGUUCAUACUUCUGAUGAUGGUCACUAAGAGUCAGCCCAUCAAAAACAGAGGACUGCCCACACCAUCUUCUGAAUUCUGUCAGCAUCCACAGGGACACAGGGACCAGGCAGCCUUCUUCAUGUAGGCAACACACCUUGACCUGUUCACGGCCCCGGCUCCAUGCUGUGAACCCAAUGGAAGUAUCAUGGACUGUACCCCUUUCUCCUCACGUCUCACACACACCACACCCCAGUGCCAUGACUGAGGUGGGGCUCGGGUCUCUCUUAGUCUUCCUUGACAGUCUCUGGAGUUAUGGUCUCACUGUGCCUUUAGUCUGGAAUACUCCGCCCUCAGAGAACAAACAGAAGGGAACAGUUCCCUCCCAAAUAAAAGCAGCUCAAACCCAGAACAGGGCACCGGUGGGGCCAACUGUUGGAACAGGCUAACAAAGAAAAAUGUUUUUGCCGGAUUUACUUUGAAGAUCCCUUCUCUCUGGCCAGUGGCCAGCUUGUGCCUUGCAUGUGUGAGGCUGCCAAGGAAAGGAGACUGGGCAGCCCCUCCCCCACCCAUGGUGCCUUGAUGCCCAGUAGGUAGGGGAGAGGGCAGAGCUCCUUCUGCUUAGCUGAUGUUGGUUGUCAUUUCCCAGCAUGCCCUGGCUUAUCAGCAGUCUGCAUUUGAUGGCUGCUAAGAGCUGCCUCUGCUACCACGGCAUACUCAUGGGUCAUUUAGAGGUUCUCUGUGUUGUUUGCUAGUGGAAACACCAUUGUCUCACCCUUGUUUAGAGAUGGGGGUAGUUGGGGACAAGCUGUUGUGUGUAUUUACAGAUGUCCUAUGGCUUAUCCUGUUAAGCAGGUUAUCUUUAGUGUUUGCUCAUGAGCAGUUCAGAAGCUAAGAUAUCUGGGAGCCGAGAGGAGAUUCUGCCCAGGCCAGAUCUCAAGGAAUCUUAUUACUUAUACAGUGUUCUGCCUACAUAUAUGCCUGUACACCAGAAGAGGGCGCAAGAUCAAAUUAUAGAUGGCUGUGAGC